GCGGCCUCCGGGCUGGCGAUGGCGACCUUGCAAGGCGAGCUGGCCGAGGCGGUGGCCGGCGCGCGGGUGCUGGUGGUGGGCGCCGGGGGCAUCGGCUGCGAGCUCCUCAAGGACCUGGUGCUCACCGGCUUCGUCAACAUCGACGUGAUUGAUCUGGAUACCAUCGAUGUCAGUAAUCUCAACAGGCAGUUUUUGUUUCAAAAGAAACAUGUUGGAAGAUCAAAAGCGCAGGUUGCCAAGGAAAGUGUUUUACGGUUCCAUCCAGAGGCAAAUAUUACAGCUUAUCAUGACAGCGUUAUGAACCCUGACUAUAAUGUGGAAUUCUUCCGGCAGUUUACACUGGUGAUGAAUGCCUUGGAUAACAGAGCUGCACGGAAUCAUGUGAACCGGAUGUGUCUGGCUGCUGACGUCCCCCUUAUAGAGAGUGGAACUGCUGGCUACCUUGGACAAGUGACCGUUAUCAAAAAGGGAGUGACAGAGUGUUACGAAUGCCAUCCUAAACCAACCCAGAAAACCUUUCCAGGCUGUACAAUCCGCAACACUCCUUCUGAACCCAUCCAUUGUAUUGUGUGGGCCAAGUAUUUAUUCAAUCAGUUAUUUGGAGAAGAAGACGCUGAUCAAGAAGUGUCCCCUGACAGAGCUGAUCCCGAAGCCGCUUGGGAGCCGGCGGAAGCAGAGGCCAGGGCAAGAGCAUCUAAUGAAGAUGGUGGUAUCAAUCGUGUCUCAACCAAGGAAUGGGCAAAGUCAACAGGAUACGAUCCAGUUAAACUCUUCACAAAGCUUUUCAAAGACGACAUCCGGUAUCUGCUAAUGAUGGAUAAACUCUGGAGGAAACGAAAACCCCCGAUGCCUCUGGACUGGAAUGAAAUACAAAAACAGGAGAACAAUACCUCUGACCAACAGAAUGAGCCAUCUUCAGGCCUUAAAGAUCAGCAGGUUCUGGAUGUCAAGAGCUACGCACACCUCUUUUCUGAAAGUGUUCAGACCUUGAGAACCCAGCUGGCAGAAAAAGGCGAUGGAGCGGAACUAACGUGGGAUAAGGAUGACCCUCCUGCGUUGGAUUUUGUCACUUCUGCCGCAAACCUCAGGAUGCAUAUUUUUAGUAUGAACAUGAAGAGUCGGUUUGAUAUCAAAUCAAUGGCAGGAAACAUCAUUCCCGCCAUAGCUACCACUAACGCUAUCAUAGCUGGCCUGAUAGUACUGGAGGGUUUAAAGAUUCUCUCAGGAAAGGUAGAACAGUGCAGAGCGAUAUUCCUUAACAAGCAACCAAACCCAAGAAAAAAGCUGCUGGUCCCUUGCGCUUUGGAUCCUCCGAAUCCUAACUGCUACGUGUGUGCAAGCAAGCCAGAGGUGACCGUUAAGCUGAACGUCCACAAAGUGACUGUGUUGACGCUGCAGGAUAAGAUAGUGAAAGAAAAAUUUAAUAUGGUAGCCCCAGACGUUCAGAUAGAAGAUGGAAAAGGAACUAUUCUCAUCUCUUCAGAAGAAGGAGAAACUGAAGCAAAUAACCAUCGGAAGCUGUCAGACUUUGGGAUCAGAAACGGCACUCGGCUGCAAGCGGAUGACUUUCUUCAGGACUACACCCUGCUGAUCAACGUCCUUCACAGUGAAGAGCUUGAGAAAGAUGUGGAGUUCGAGGUGGUUGGAGAUGAAGUGGUUGGUCCCAAACCAUCGGAGCAGCCUGCUAAGAACAUCACCAAUGGGAGUGACGAUGGGGCACAGCCGUCAACAUCCACAGCUCAAGAUGACGAUGACGAUGUCCUGAUCGUUGAAACUGAGGAAGGUCCUUCCGGCAAUGCCGACAACGUGGAGAAUAAAAGCCGGAAGAGGAAGCUGGAUGAUAAGGAGCAGACCGGCACAAAAAGGAUGCGCUCAGAGACGUCAGCUGAAGAGCAUGAUGAUGUGAUUGCGAUAGACUGA